CAGAUUCUCUGAAGAAUUUUGGGGAAUUCCCUAGAUUCCCAGGUAUUUGGGAAUUUCCCCAGAUUACCAGGCAUUUGAGGAAUUCCCGAAAUUUAUCAAAUUCCUGUAGGAUUCCCCAAAAUGUCUGGGUAUUUGGGAAAUUAUUCCCCAAAUUUCGAAUUUUGACCAUUUUCUAAAUUGCUGUCACUUAUACUUCAAGCAUUAUUUUAGGCAAUCAUGAGGAUUUUAAUGAUAAUUCCAAUAUUAUUAUUAUUCCCUGUGCCACCUGUGGCUGGGGAAACAUUCAGGGGAUUUCACUUCUUGGAUAACAAGAUUGAAGAUAUAUUUGGUCCAGAGAAUGGGUAUGCUACCAAAACUCUUGAAAUACCAGUUCCAGACCAGAUGAGCUUCUGUUUGUGGACCUUUGCUGAUUUUAAUAGAUUCAAUGAUCAGAUUCCGAUCAUUGAGUUCUAUAGGCUGGGAGAAACUAUCCCUCCCUUCAUUGCCCUCAUGUAUCGAGAUGAUGGGAACUCUGGAAGAAUCAACAGUGAUGGACUUGCUACUUGGCCUAUCAGGAAUUUCACAUCAUUUGAAAGAAAGUGGAAUCAUCUCUGUGCUUCUGUGGAUAUAGUUGAAAAUACGAUUGAAUUAUUUCUCAACGGAAAAUCGGAUUUUCAAAAAAGCACAAGAAGCAG